AUGUGUCAUAGAAAACAUUUGUUUGUAUUAAUUUUUCUUACUACUACUUUCAGUUUUAUUUCAGCAAAACCAAAGUUACCCUCAUUUAUAAAAGUAUGUCGGCAAUCAGAUCCACAUCUCAACGAGUGCAUUAAAAAUUCCGUUGAACAUUUAAGGCCACUGUUGGCUAAAGGUAUACCAGAAUUCAAUAUUCCCAGCUGCGAACCAUUGUGUAUAUCAGAAGUGGUCAUUGAUCAAGGUUCAGGUGCCGUGGCUAUUAGAUCAACAUAUCGAAACAUCAAAGUCUACGGACCUUCGCAGUUUGCUCUAAGAUAUGUUAAAAUUGAUUUAGAAAGAAACCGAAUAAAGAUUAAGUUGUGGUUACCGCGCUUGGAACUAACUAGCCGAUAUACCAUGGAAGGACGAAUUCUGAUGAUGCCCAUAUCGGGGACUGGAACUAGCAGAGGCAACUAUACUAACAUAGACGCAACGGUUAUCAUGCAAGGACAAAAAAUUAGAAAGGAAAACGAAACCUAUUUCAACGUCAAAGAUUUUUAUAUAGAUUUUAACAUUGGACACGCCACAAUACAGCUUGAUGAUCUUUUUAAUGGAGACAAAGAACUGGGUGAAGCAAUGAAUCUGUUCUUGAACGACAACUGGAAGAAUGUUGCUAACGAAAUCAAACCUGUGCUAGAAGACACAAUAGCUAAUAUAUUCAAGAAAUUUUCCAAUAAGAUUUAUCAUAAAUAUCCCUUAAAUUUAUUAUUGCCCAAAUAUUGUAAUGUGCAAGGUUUUCUUUUUAUGAGUUAUGAAGAAAGUGUAAUCACAGAUUUCUUAAACAGGUUAGUUUUAAAAAUGUAUCGUUGCUACAUAUUUGCGUUGAUUUUGUGUUACUUUAAUUCUAAAACAUACGGUUAUCAAGUAAAGGAUGCACCUCUUCUUAAAACACGACCUCCAUGGUUAAUCGCAUGCCGAAGAUCGGAUCCAGAACUAAACAAAUGUCUGAAUGACUUAUUUGCGAAAAUGUUUCCAGAAUUAGCGAAAGGUAUUCCUGAAAUGAAUGUGGAUCCCUUCGAACCCUUGCCCUUGGACAAAGUUACUGUUAGCAAAGGAGCUGGUCCAAUUACACUUACUGGUGGGUUGUUUAACUUAGUUGUUGCCGGACCGUCAAACUCAACACCAACUUAUACUGAGUUCGACAUUCCAAAUAAAAAAUGGAACUUUGGUUUAAAUUUACCAUUACUGAACAUCAAGUCGCAAUACAACCUCAAGGGUAAAAUUUUGGUUCUUCCUUUGGUAGGUCAUGGUCCUUGUGAUUUGAGACUAACAGACGUACAAAGCAAUGUUAAGGCAGACAUGAAAUUUCUUUCAGUCGAAGGUCGUGAAGUUGUGAAAAUAGAAAAUAUGCAUGUUGCGUUCACUGUAGGAGGAAUGAAGGUGAAGCUGCAUAAUCUGUUUAAUGGAAAUAAAGUUUUAGGACAAACAGUGAAUCAGUUUAUGAAUCAAAACGCUGUAGAAAUUAUUGGAGAAUUGUCAGACAGUAUUGGGGAAAGUUUGGCAGGCAUCUUUACAGAUGUUAUGAACAAUAUUUAUACAAAAAUCCCCAUGGAUCUUUGGCUAUUAAGCGACGAAGAUUAUGAAAAAUAUCAGAAAGAACUCAAGACUACGUAGCAUUUGAUCUCAACAAAUUAAACACACUUAAUACUUUGUAGUGACGUUUUAGUUACACCACUUUCAUUUGUGAAUUUGUAAUAACAAACUUAGGAAAUUAGUUGUUUAUUCGGAAAAGAAUUGUUAACGUUUAUAUCUUUACGAAUAUUCCAUUUAUCUUUAAUAAACUGUUCAAAAAUAA